AUGAGCUUCGGAAAAUCCCGUGGCUCGCUAUCUGAGUUGUGCUCGGUGACCACGGUGCAGCUGCGUGACAAGAAGGACAAGACGCAUGAACUGUCUUCCUCGACAAUUGCAGAAGAGCCUGAGCCCGUUUCAUGCAUUCUGCAAGGAGAUGACAUCCAGGCGCUUGCAAUUAAGGUGGAAGACCUGCAGAAAGUCCAUGCUCCACACCUUCCUCAUGAUGUUGGGAAUAUUCCAGUUAGGCGGAAAUACCUUGUUCGAAAAUACCUACCCAAAGAGACAAAGAAGAAGGCAUGUUUCCUUGUAGCAUAUCCUGCUUUCCCAAAGGCAGCCAAGGAACCACUGAGUUUUUCUGGACCAGGACUGUUUGAUGGCUCUGAAGAGAUUCUCCCCCAUCACAUUUUGGGAAGUCUCCAGGAGUUCAAGAUGGAAGCCUUGGCCAGAGGAAAUACUCAGAUAGCAGAUUUUAUUGAGGUUUCUCAUCAAGGUGUUACUGCAGCACCUUUAAAAGAGGAACGUGGAGGAGAGAAGAAUAAAAAGGUUCGUCAGACCUCACUAGCAGAGCACAAAGCUCUCCAGAACUGGCACCAUAAUAUGGCAAUCAGGAAAAAGCAGGAGAAAUAUCUAGGAGAAAUUCUUCAGAGGCCAGAGAACGAAUUGCUAAUGAGCAUCUCGGAGGAUUACAGGCAGAUCCAGGAAGAACGUGACCUCAUUGACCGGAGCCUCCCUGCCCUGCUUCCUGGAAAUGGCUACCGAAGAGGAAGCGAGUUCUGGAGUCAGCCCGAGCGUAUUGGAGAUGAACUCACUGGCCUGACGAUGACACUGACUCAGAGAGAACGUGGCUACCCAGAGCCAGUCACUCAUGUGGGGAAACCCCACACUGUCCGGAUGGAAACGGGUCUGAAGCCUCCAAAGAGGAUCCCUUUCCAUCUAACCUGGGAUAAGAGUCUUUUCCUGAAACAUCGACGUCAGGAGCUAAAAUCUGUCCUAGAGGAGCUAGGUUUUUAUAAGCCGGAUCUUGAUGGAUUGGAGGUGAUUGGCAAGGGGCAGCCUUUCACGUCUGUCUCAGCAGAGCCUUUUCCACAUUCCACCACUUCUGAAGAGUCUGAAACCCUCAGUGACUCCUUAAGGGAUUACACUGAUGUGGUUCCAGAAGCAGUACCGGGUCCAUCUUUAGAUUUCUGUGGUCAGCCUGCUCGUUGGAUCAACUGCACUGCUUCUUGCAGGGAUGAAAUUGGCAUUGCUGCCCGGCUCACCUUUGAGACUUUGGCUGGUGAGAAAGCUGAGAGCUCCCUGACAGUGAGCAAUGAUGGCACAGCUGCCAUCUGGUACAACUGGAUGAGGCUCCCCCAGCAGAUUCCCUCCAGAGAAACCAAGGGGAAGAGGAUGCAGUGUUUUUACUUUGAUACCAGACCAGGUGCAAUUUUGCCUGGAGAAACUAGGAAGUUUUUCUUUCUUUUCAAGUCAGAGAGAGCAGGCAUUUUCAGCGAGUCCUGGGAAUUUGGGACGCAUCCGCUGUUAUUAGGAGGAGCUCUGCUGCAGGUGACCCUUUGGGGAAUUGCUGUGUAUGAGGAUAAAUUGGCUGACCUCAGAGAGAAACUGGAGAGUGACCUGGCUGCUCGAGAAGGUGCUACUAUAGUAGAAGAGAGUCUGAAGGAACUUCUUGCCCGAAUUCGGACCCCAGAGCACGCCCCAUCUCCUGUGGAUGCCUGUGUCACAGAGGAAGAGUUGUUCCACCAGAAGAAUCCCGAGUUGCGUUAUCAGCAUCAAGUAGUAAAGCAGUUGCAUGAAUUGUGGAGACAGCACAUGACUGUUCCUUCAGCCUUCGAGGAGAAAGUGCCCUUGGGCCAGAAGAGCACUGCGGAGGACAUGCAGUACCAGGAGAGUACCUCAGAGGCUCUCCCUGCUCGGAGCAGCACCACAGAGGUCCCAGGUUGGAAGAACACAUUAGAGGAGGCUCUGAUUCAAAUGACGAACGUGGAGGAGGAAGAACCAGGCCCCUCAGGAUGGAACCUUUCCUUCGAGGACUUUAAGCAGGCUAUAAAGUCAAUCCCCAAGGAGGAGCAGCGAGAAGCAGCGCUGACCCAGCUCAAUAAGGCAGCGCUGGAGCUGUGUGUUGAACAGAGGCCAACUCAGUCAGACCUUUUGUAUCAAACCUGUCUCCAGCUGUGGCGUGAAACAAUUGAUGGUCUGGUGAGUCACUCUCUGAAGCUGAGAUCCCUGCUUGGCUUGCCUGAGAAGGACACCUAUGUUGAUCCAGAGGAAACAGUGGAAAUAAAGCAACUUAUGAAAGGCGGAAAUGAAGACAGAAUAACCACUAGGAAAGAAGAGAGAAGGUCAUUUGGUGGUAAGGAUAAAGAAGGCAAAAAAAGAACAACAAAGACAGCAGAGAAAGAGAAAGAGGAACGUCCAAGCAGCAGAAAAUUAAAAGUAAAAGAUGAGAGAAAGCUGAAAUCUUCUACUUCAUCGCAGGAGAUGAAAGAGGGAGCACAGCCCAUGGACGCUGUAACUACAGAUAGAGUAGAAUCUCCUCAGGAGCAGGUGGACCCGAUUUUGUUCGGGACAUACCAGGAAAAACUUUAUAUUGAAGUUUAUGGGCUGCUGGAUUCAAUGGUGAGCAAAAUGACCUCUUUAUUUGAGGAACUAAAGAAAAAAGGUGCCCUAAAGUGGGAGAGUGAAGCCCUUUAGACUUAUUAAAAAAUAAAUAACCGUAUUUACACAGAUCUAGUGGAGGUUCUUCUUUCUGAAGUGAUGCACUGAUUACAAAUACUGGGCUGCCUCUUUCCUGACAUGCUGUGAUGCGAGACUGUUGCUAGAUCAUCUGUUACUGCUACAGAUGAUCGCUUGCCAAGAAGAGACAAGGCAAGAAAUAUCACAGCCUCAGAAACCGUUAAGAGUAGAAAAUACCGGCGUUUCUGCUAAGGAAGAAGAAUUUAAAAGCACCAGUCAACGUGAGAUAUGUCUUAUUCUUUGGUUCUUGGUCAUGCUUGGCUAGCAGGUGAGUGAGCAGAGGGUGUCCCUUUAUACUCAUGAGCCCAAGUACCAGGACAGUAACUAAGAAAAAUCCAUCCUAUUUUUGAUCCUAUUCUUGACUGCUUGUCCAGCCUCCUCUCAGGACUCGCUGACAGCAGGCUUUGCUGAGGCGUUCAGGAUCCCAGAGAAAACGCGCUAUCCCGAGGGGCGUGCCACCCUGCCUGGGUUUGCUCACCUGCAUUUAUUUCUUAUGAUGAUCUUGCCACCUCUUUCCGUCUGGCUCAACAUACCCAUGCCCCAUUCUGAGCCAGAUCUUACUUGCUUCUUUCCAAGACUAAUCACUUGUGAAUUAAAAUGAGUGAAAUUCAUGCCAUAAAUAUUGUGAGCGUGGUUAGGCCUUGUCCUGGAGCCACUUGUCCUGUCUCUGUCAGCCUGCGUGUGCCUCUGGGCUUAUUGACACUUUCUGUCUGGGUUUCCUUGCAUGGCACAGCUGGAACAGAGCUUUUUGCGGAGGGUUCCCAGGUCUGGGUGUCAGAUGCUCUGCAGCUGGGCAGGGGUCAGAGCAGUUUCCAAGGCAGGGCGGGCUGGGUGCUGGGUCUCUCUUCGCGGGGCAUCGAGAGAGACCUGGCCUAUGUCAGUAAAAUGCCCUCUUCCUGCUCAAGCAGCUGGACGGCAUUCCCCAGAAAGGCUUUG